AUGAAGCAAGUGGAACAGGAAAAAACCCAUAUCUUGGAAGCAAGACCGGUAGAGGAAAUUGAGAUACCGAUUGUCUCUGAUUCAGACAGACUUGAUCUUCCGGCAACCAUGUCGUCGUCUUGCAACAAUUCUGUCUGUCGUUUUUCCCGGAAGGAAAACAGUGCUGGUGUAUCAGAUGAAUCGGCUAAGAAACUUUCUUUACUGAUACUUUUCUAUGCUGUUGUUAUGGUUGUUGAACUUAUUGGGGGAAUGAAAGCUCACAGCUUAUCUGUUAUAAGUGAUGCUGUACAUUUGCUUUCUGAUAUUGCUGGUUUUGCUAUCUCUCUCUUUGCAGUGUGGGCUUCGGGUUGGGAGGCAACGCCUCGUCAAUCUUUUGGGUACAAUCGUCUUGAGGUUUUGGGGGCUCUUUUAUCUGUUCAGUUGAUUUGGUUUAUAUCUGGUUUUUUAAUAUAUGAAGCAGUUGGUAGAAUUGUUUAUAGAAAUGAUAGUGUCAAUGGAAAGCUCAUGUUUGCAAUUGCAACAUUUGGUUUUGUUCUUAACUGUAUCAUGGUUUUAUGGCUUGGUCAUGAUCAUAGUCAUCAUCAUGGAUUUGGACAUUCACAUGGUCAUGAUCAUGAUCAUCAUAAUCACGAUCAUCAUAAUCAUGCUCAUGAUCAUGAUCAUUCUCAUGACCAUCAUCAGUCCAGUAGAGACGUGGAUCAUGUUCAUGGGAUGGAGGAACUGUCUAAAAUAUUUGAUGAAAUAUCUGAUGAAGAGGAACUGUCUAAAAUAUCUGAUGAGGAGAACCUUACCAUGAUUUCAAAUGGUAAGACGAAAAAGAAUGUUUUGAACAUUAAUAUUCAAGGGGCUUAUUUGCAUGUGAUGACUGAUAUGAUUCAAUCUAUUGGAGUGAUGAUUGCUGGAGGAGUAAUAUGGGCUAAACCAGAAUGGUUUAUAGUUGAUCUUUUAUGUACUCUCGUAUUCUCGGUUUUAUCCUUAAGUACUACUCUGACAAUGCUUAAGAGCAUUGUCGGUAUUCUGAUGGAGAGGACACCGAGUGAGAUUAAUAUCAUUGAGCUGGAAAAUGCUCUUACAAGUAUCAAGGGAGUGCAGGAGGUUCAUGAUUUACACGUUUGGGCUAUAACAGUUGGAAAACUUUUUCUAUCUUGCCAUUUAGUAGCUGAACCAGGGAUCAGUUCCAUUGAUUUACUUGAUAGGAUUAAACAUUAUUGUGAAAACACUUAUCAAAUACAACAUGUAACCAUACAAAUUGAAUAA